AUGUGGCUCAACCUAUCCGUCCCUCUUUCCCCAUGGCGAAUUCAAUCCCCGUAUCUCCCCUCCUUCAAAUACGACUUGACGCAGCAGCAUGUGCGGCUCAAGCCAACCGUCCCAUCCCCUUUCUCCCCCCACCCCCGUAUUCUUUCCUCGUAUCUACCCGCCUCAGUUCCGCCUCAGUUCCGCCCUAGAAGAUGUGCGCCUGCUGCAGCAGCGCGUGCGCCUCAAGGGGAUUGCAGCAGACGGGGCGCGCAGUUUGUCCCUGCAAACACCCCCUUACCGCUCCCAACCCCUCACCAUCUCCCCAGGUCCGCGCUAGAAGAAGUGCGCCUUUUACAGCAGCAGCGCGUGCGCCUUAAGGGGAUUGCAGCAGACGGGGCGCUCACAGGCGCGCAAGGGGCGGAGGGGAAGGGGGGAGGCGCGGGGGGGCAGGGGGAGGCGGGGGAGGAAGGGGAAGGGGGCGAGGAGCUGGUGCUACAGGACACGGAGGAAGGGGAAGGGGGCGAGGAGCUGGUGCUACAGGACACGUUUGCGCAGGAGACGGCGAUCACUGUGGAAGACCCGAACAUGUACGUGACUUUCCCACGCUCAAUCCUUAACCCUCUCAAUCCUUCCUACCUCCCUGUUCUGGUGGCGCAGGUUGGGAAGCUGGAGGGGGAGGAGGGUGGCACAGCAUGGACAACGGGCAUAGCGGAGGUGCAGCUGCCGAUUGACUACAAGCUGAGCAACAUUGAGGCCACGGAGGAGGCCAAACGCAUGCUGCAGGAGAGAAGGCCCUUCAUGAACCGCCCUCGCCCUCCGUCAACAACGCUGCCUGCCAGCUACAGCGCAGAUUUCUUUCAGCGCGGUCGUGAAUACGCGGAGAAGCUGAAAAGGGGUAUGUGUGCUUGGACUGCAAUGCACUGCAUCAGCCAUCACUGGUCCCUCUGGCGUCGCCCCUUCCCAUGCUCCAAUCUCCUUUCGCACCAUAGCACACCAUCAGCCACCCUCUCCACUCCCUCCCACACCUCUCCACCACCCUCCACUACUCACCCUAAUCCUGUUUCUGCCCCCAAUUACGCCCCUCCCACUGCCACUACCUCCCACCGCACCCCAUCCGUCUCCGUUCACCAUUUUGAAAGGGCCUACUGUUUUUUUCUUGAGACGUAG